UAAUAAUAGUAAUUGUUGCUGCGCGUCAAGAUAGGCCCCUUGAAUCAUUUCUAGCAGGUAGCAGGCCGCUGUAGUUCGCGUCGCUUUGCCGCACGGAACCGAGAUAAACGUGAAGAUGACAGAUCAUAACAUAAAAAUAUCGCACGAGACCGAAGUGAACCAAAUAAGCUAAUUUCUUGAAUUUCUAUAUUGUUUGAUAUAAGCACAGUGAAAAACUAAUUUUCGAGUCGCUGUAGUACGGACUUCGAAAAGUUUUCCAAUUAUUUAAUAACCUCGAAAAUUACGGAAAAUGAGUGCUCCUACUGCCGAGACGCAUCAUUGCAAAGUAUGCAAUCGACCGGAUGAAAUCGAUGAUAUGGUGGCCUGCGACAGCUGUAACAGUUGGUGGCAUUUUAAUUGUGCCGGUGUUCAUGAGUCGAUUUGUGAUCGCUCGUGGAGGUGCAACAAUUGCACUAAUGUUUCUGUCUCCGCUGGUUCGAUGAGAUCAACAACGUCGAGCGCACGGUUGCGAUUACAGCAGCUUCAAGAGAAAAAAGAGUUAGAAGAUCGACUACAGAAGGAGAAGUCAGAGCGUGAUCGAGCGUAUCUCUCACAGAAGCAUCAGAUAGAACGCGAGGUAGCGGAAGAGGAAGCAGCUGGUGGUAGCGUCAAAAGCUUUGGUAGUCAUCGGAGCCGAACCAGCAACGUCCAAUCAUGGGUUGACCAAAACCGGAGAGUGGAAUCUGCCAUCGGUGAUAAUAAUCAGCCAGCUGUAACAUCAACAUCCACGCCAGUCACCACGAAUCCGGUGUUUACCGGAGCCAUAUCGAAGAUUAUUCCACCAGUUAGUCUAGCCACAAAUCAACCAUUACAACAGUGUCCACAACAGCACCCACCACCGAUGAUCAGAGGAGUUCCCAGUCAACAGGAAUCGCAAUACCCGACGUACAACCACGGUUCACCAAUGCAUAUGCUUCCCCCUUCGGGGCCAACGGAGCCACAGCCAACAGUGAAUUCACCGCAAACGUACGCAGUGUAUCCGUCUUCUGCACAAAUUGGGAGAGUAACAAAUCAUCAUCAGGAAGCUGUACAAGACGCAAGUCAUGCAAAUCGGUCAGUCCAGCCGCAAAUAAAUAUUCCGGUAAAUUCCUCGGUCCCCGUAGCUCCACACGUUGAACUACAACCGCACCAUAACGGUUUGUAUCAUUCAACCAUCCAUGGCUUAUUAUGGACAAGUUGCAGCAGGAGAAGGAUUUACUAGUCCUCAACAGUUGGCCGCUCGACAGGUAGUUUCUAGGGAGUUACCAAAGUUCUCAGGCGACCCCCUCGAAUGGCCUAUGUUUUGAGGCGCAUUUGAGUCGACGACUGCGAUGUGCGGUAUACAGCCGGAUGAGAAUUUGGCACGCUUACAGAGAAGUUUGGUAGGGAGUGCCAGAGAGAAAGUUUUGAGUAUUCUCACUCUGCCUUUGGCAAUUCCUCAAAUUAUAAAUACACUGAGGGAAGAGUGUGGUCGACCAGAUCAAUUGGUACACUGUUUGCUGGCUAAGGUACGCAAUGCUCCUCCUCCGAAUGUCAAUAAACUUGAAACGCUCGUUACAUUCGGACGCGAGGUUAGGAAUCUUGUAACUUACAUUGAUGCCGCUGGUUUACAUGCUCAUCUUUCCAAUCCAUUACUCUUGUCGGAAUUGAUUAGUAAGCUUCCGCCAAGUCUUAGAUUAGAUUGGGGACUUUACACUCAGCGAAUUGCCGAGGUAACGUUGAGAGCAUUCAGUGAUUACGUCUCGUCCAUUAAA